CUCCGAGGGGGCGGGGCGAAGGCGGGAAGGGGAGGGGGCGGCGCCGGGCGGCUGCAGACGCCUCGGGAAGGAGGAAGAGGAGGACGCGGGCUGCGCGUAGAUGAGAAAACCAUGAGCCUAGUGAGGUUACAUGGCCAGCCCAAGUUCAUACAAGUUUAGUGAAUGCAAACAGACUGUAAUCCCAUGGAGGUGAAUGGUGUGUCCCAAUCUGAAGAAAAUGAGCUUAAUGGUUUUGACGGAACUGAUAUAAAAGACAUGAGGCUGGAAGCUGAGGCAGUUGUAAACGAUGUUCUCUUUGCUGUUAACAACAUGUUUGUCUCAAAAAACCUGCGCUGUGCAGAUGAUGUGGCCUACAUCAAUGUGGAAACAAGAGAAAGGAACAGAUACUGCCUGGAGCUCACUGAAGCAGGGCUUAGGGUGGUAGGUUAUGCCUUUGACCAGGUGGAUGAUCACUUACAGACUCCUUACCAUGAAACAGUCUACUCCUUGUUGGAUACGCUCAGCCCUGCCUACCGAGACGCAUUUGGAAACGCACUUCUUCAAAGACUGGAAGCUUUGAAAACGGAUGGACAGUCAUGACUAAGCUUUUCCUUUUAGAGGGGGCUGUGCUGGUGCAAAAUGUUGACAUAAAGCUUGAAAUUCUUGCAUAUGGUCAUAGUAGAAAAUGCAUCUUUGGUUUUAUGUCUUUAUCAUUUCUUGCUUCAAAUUUAGGCUUUUGACUCAGAACAUGAUUCACUAACGAACUGUCUUUUUUAGUUUCUGAUUCAUUAAGGAAAUCCUGAGGCUAUUGCUGUGACACCAUCAUUAAGACAUUCCGAUAUCUUCAUGUAGUGUCUCUGCAUUUGAAAACCUAAUCAGUAUUUCAUUCUGUUAUUACGGGACUUUGAUGCUGCCAGCACUCCCUUUUACAUGGGAAAUUCUAGGUUUGCACAGUAAUAUAGCAAUUAAAAUGACCUAGUUUCAAACUUUGAUUCAGCUUGCUAAAUCAGGGGUUUACUACUAGCUUGGACUGACUUUGGAGUAAUUAUUUUGCUACUAGCCUUAUUGGAAACAAACUAUCGACUAGUUUCCCCUGCACAAAUUUUGAAAUUCAGUGCUUCACUUACUCUAUUUAUAUUACUAAUAUGGACUAAUAAAGAUGAAUAAUUAUGUAUUACUUAGCUAGUAUUAAAUGAGAAACAGGUACUGAAAUAGUUCUGUAUUCCUCGUUUGCAACAGCCAGCCAACUAAGAGGACAAACCUUUAGGAAAUGAAUGUAAUAAUUACUUGUUUCCAAGAUAUUUAAGCACAUAAGCAAAUACAGGAACAGGCUCCAUUCUUUUUCUUAGUAAAUAGCAUCGUCAAUGUGUGUGAUUUAAAAGAAAGAAGAUUCUGAUUUCCUGAAAAACAAUAUUUUGGCCUGUGUUGAUUCUUCUUAUGAAUGUUUGUUUACAUAAUGUACAGAAAGUAUUUUUGCUUCAACGUUUACUUUCUAUAAUGUAGUGCUUUGGUAUUCCCACAGCGCCCCUCCUUCCCCGACAGAUGUACAGUGCUCUGUCUCAAUGCUAAAUCUUCAACGGAACGUGAGUGCAUUGUAUGGGUUUGAAACCAAAGGAUGAAUGAAACAUUCAGAGACUUAAUAUUUGAAAAAAAGAAACUCUGUAUUUUAUAUUUUAUUACAGGUACUAAUAUUUAUAAAAAUAAACUGUACCAUUGCUGCUACAUGUUUUCAAGUACAUGUUGAAUAAUAAAGAUUGGGGAGUUGUUUUUUUAAAAGUAGUCUAAAGCGGCAGCUGUAGAAAUGUUGAUCGAAAAUUCUGCCUCUGGUCACACCUUCAUAAUUUGUCAUUUGCAGACUUUUUAAAGUCAUUAUUAAAUAAUAGGUACUUUUAGCCUCUGAAGAUCACGUGGACCAGAGCAAAUUCAAGUUCCGUUCGGGUCGUUACUCAUUGUCAGACUUCACUGGAAUGCUUUAAUUACGUUUGGUAAAUGCAUGUUCAUUCUCAGCUUUAUUUUCAGAUGCCUAACUGUUUGGGCACUGAAGUCUAACUUCAGGUUGAACUUUCUCGUGCUUAAUCUCAGGCUAAAUGUAAAGGAUAUUUGUAAAGUUUGAAUAAAGUUCUGUUUACUCAUUUUGAGUUAAGUAUGAAGAAAAGUGACUGUAUGUUUAAAAAUUGAAAUUGUUCAUUUUGUGAUAAAUGAUUGAUUCCAAGA